CACCGAGCCAUGGCGAUGAUGGGCAGAUGAAGAAUGCCAGGCGCGAGCAACACCAGGGCCGCGUCCUGGCGCUGCUGCCGCACGCCUUGCUGCUGGAGACCGAGGCUUCGACUGAGCAGUUCCUGGCGCCGCUUCGGCAGCUCGCGCCCGAAGUGCUGCAGGCGGUGGCUGCUGGUGAAAGCCCUUCAGUCAGCUUCCAAGUCCAAUGGCAGCCGGGUGCAUGGGAAGCAGAAGGAUUCCUGCGGGCCUUUGGGGUCACUCCUGCUGAUUCGCCUGCUGGCGGCAGCUCAACGGGACCAAGGAGGCUAGCCCACUCCGCAGAGGAUCUUCCGCCUCUUGAGGAAAACCUGGAAGAUUUGGACAGUUUAUCCGAGGGACUCGCAGCGGCCAGGGGAGAUCCAAAUCUCAUGGAGGAGGUUUUUGCCCGUUGCAUCGCAGCCCUCACUGCGCCGCAGAACAGGAGAGGGGGCACAGGGCUCCGACUUCUGCGCCUCCUGCGACGAUGUUUGCGAUCGCUUCUGCUCUCUGGCCCGCGCACUGUCCGACGUCUUCGACCUCAGCUGCUGCACUGCCGCGCCGCGCUGGCCACGUCGGGGGGAUCGCGGAUGAUGGCGUGGACGGCGCGAGUGGGGCGGCUGGUCGCUCGAGGCCUAGUCGCGGCAGUGAGGCACAGGCGACCCCGUGGUUGCCAUCGUCGAGAUGUCAAAUGCAAUGUGAAGGGCUGCCAGUCUGCAGGCCACGGACGUGUCAAGGAGCCGGACCUCCUGGGCCUGGCCGGCGUCCGUUGCUGUCUUCACGGUGCCCGACGGUGCACGGUCCGCGGCUGUACGCGCUUCGCACGCGGCAGUGUCGAGAUGGAGGAUCAGUGGGGCCCUGCUGGCAGGCGAUGUCAGACUCACAUUCCGACGAGAAGCAGGUGGUGCAACGUGCCGGGCUGUGGUCGCUUUCCCCGGGGCCUGGUCGAUGCAAGCGACGCCUUGGGUCCAGCGGGCUACCGCUGUGCCUUCCACGGCUGCGGCUGCUGCGUGGUCGGCUGUCGCAAGACUCCCUGGGGCCGAGUGUCCAGCGCCGACGUCUUCGGCCCCCCGGGCCGCCGCUGUUGGAUCCAUGGCGGGCAGUGCUGUGACGUGCCCGGCUGCGGGCGGACGCCCAGGAGGCGGGUCGCGACGGCGGAUCAAUAUGGCCCUCCGGGUGUGCGCUGCGACCUUCACAGCCUGAAACCUCGUCGUCGAAUCGAAGGGCGCUGUGUGCGCUGGAGGGUUUGGUGUGGCAACAAGCUGCUGUGGCGAUGCGGGAAGGCCAGCAUUGAAGGAUCCAAGUACUGCGAGGAUCAUGGGCCUAAGUGUCGCUAUCGCAGUACUGCUGCCAGCCGGCCUUGCAGCCGCCAACGGUCCAGCAGCUCCAUCUAUUGCGAGCAGCAUCACGGCAUCUUGUGCGAACAGCGACGGCGCCAGAGGUAUCAGGGGCGGAAAGCUUGCGAAUUUCCAGCUUGCAGUCAGCCAGCCAGGAGACGCAUCGUCAUGGCAGACGGUACUCCGUCGUUGCGCUGCAUCGCUCAUCGCGAAUCGGUGCCCUCGGUGCCCUCGGUGCCCUCGGUGCCCUCGGUGCCCUCGGUGCCCUCCGCGCAAGCGGUGCCCGAAGAGAGUCGCUGUCGAAUGAUGAGUCAGUACAAGGGCAAAAGUGGUGAGAAGCGGAUCUGGCGUUGUGGCAAAAUGUGCCAGAACUCCGGAUUUGGGCUGAACUUUCCGAAGGCUGUGAAGCGCUUUUGGGCAAUCCGUGCUGCGAUGGUUCUUAUUGGUGGCGUGUGUGGUUUUAGCCUACUGCACUUCGCGGCCUUCGCUGGGAAGUCAAAAGCGUGUCAAGCCUUGAUCGACCUUGGGGUCAACGUCAACGCCAAGACACAGCCACUCUGUGUGACAGCGUCGCAACAGUUCUGUCGGCCAACGCCCUUGGAUGUGACUACCUUCAUUGUCAACAAGCGCGUCAGGGAGCAGACGCAGAAGGUUCUGCAAGCCGCUGAUGCUUCUUGGGGAGCGGUAAAGAUGGAAAACCUGGACACACUGUGGCAAGGGCUCAUGAAGCAUCAACUCUUGCUGAUCAAAGACGAGGUGGUGAAAUACAACAGCAAGAUUCCUUCAGCAUUGCGCCGUGUGCUGCGCACAGAGCCGCGCUGGCGGGAGAUCGUGAACUUUCCAGGCGAAGAUGCAGCCACGAUGGAAAGAAAGAGGUUGAGAAAAGCGUUCAAAGUUUGGAGGCGCAAGUUGCUGUGGGUUCUCAUUGGCGACGCCUCUAUGCCGCGCAAUCGACGCCUGGGGGUCGUGGCGUGGAAUCUGCUGCUGUUUCUCCUCAGUUGGUGGCUCUUUGGUUUUCAGACCUUCGAGCUGCUGCAGGCCAUUUUGGUGGCCAUGGUGCUGAUGGCUCUAACCAGCCUGGUGCGACACAUGGGCGCGGAGGAGCUGUGGCAGAAACUGCCGUCGCAGGAGGAAUUGCAAGGUAAAGUGCCACGGCACCAGAUGGAACAGCAGCUUCAAAAGGCUUGGCAGCGACUCUGCCAUGCCAGCGUGGCUGUGGAGGACAUUCUCCUGAUGCUCCCAGGGGAGAUGAAAGAGUUGAGAUCUGAAGGCCUUCAGAGCUAUGCCAUUAGGACGAAGGAUCGAUUUGAUCUGUGGCUGGCAACAGUCCCAGAGAAGGAGGAGGUGAUUGACGAUGAAGAAGAGGAGGAGGCGAAGGAAGCAAACGAGCAAAAGCGGAAGAAAUCCGCUGCCAUCGCCAGUAAGAUCAAAGAAAUCAAAGCUGGAGAGGCCCCGGCAGAUCUGCGACGGAACAAGGGCCGACGGCGACAUGUGAAGUGACAUGCCGGUGGAGUCGGUC